UCUGGGUUGUUUUUGCGGUCUCUGGGUUUUUUGGGGUCUCUAUUUGGGGUUAUUUGGGGUCUGUUUGGGUUAUUUUGGGGUCUCUAUUUUGGUUGUUUUGGGGUCUCUAUUUCGGUUAUUUUUGGGUAUUUGUUUGGGUUAUUUUGGGGUCCAUUUGGGUUUUUUGGGGUCUCGAUUUGGGAUGUUUUGGUGUAUUCAACGGUCCAACGGAACCAACGAAUAGGAGUCCGCUAUCUUGGGGCUCGCCCGCUACUGUCCAAUCCCAGCCGCGGACACAACGAGCCCUCCCUCCCGUCCAAUAGCAACCGCCGGCUCUUCCGUAGUGUUUUUCCGCGCCGCCCAAUCCCCGCCUCGGAUACUCGAGUCCGGCCCCUCCUCCAAUGAGAAGGCGCGUUGUUGGCUUGGCGGGCGGCGGCGGGGCCAAGAUGGCGGCGGCGCUGUCGGUGAGCGGGGCCGGGCCCGGGCCCGGAGCGGAGCCACCGGCGGGGCCCGGCCUGGCCCCCGAGGAGGAGCUGCCGCCGCUGGACCCUGCCGAGGUGCGGAGCCGCCUGGAGCACAGCGAGCGGCAGUUCCGCAACCGGCGGAAGGUGCUGAUCCGCGGCUUACCGGCGGAUGUGACCAACCAGGAUAUCCACGAGCUGCUGAAGGACUACGAGCUCAAGUAUUGCUUCGUGGACAAGUACAAGGGCACGGCCUUCGUCACGCUGCUGACGGCCGAGCAGGCGGCGGCGGCGGUCGGGCGCUUCCACGGCCGCUCGCUGCGGCAGCGCGCGCUGCGGGUGCAGCUGCAGCCCACGGAGGCCGUGCUGUGCGUGGCCAACCUGCCCCGCCUGCUGAGCCAGGCGCAGUUCGAGGAGCUGCUGCGGCCCUUCGGCAGCCUGGAGCGCUGCUUCCUGGUCUACAGCCGGGCCACGGGCCACUCCAAGGGCUACGGCUUCGUGGAGUUCAUGAAGAAGGACUCGGCGGCGCGGGCGCGCUCGGAGCUGCUGGGCAAGCGGCUGGGCAGCCGCAGCCUGCACGUGCACUGGGUGGACGCGGCCCAGCUGAGCCCCGAGCUGCUGCACUCGCGCUGCCUCUGCGUGGACAGGCUGCCCCGCGGCUUCAGCGACCUGCAGGGGCUGAGAGCCAUCUUCGAGGGGGUCUGCGAGCCCUCCUUCUGCCAGCUGGCCUACGGGCAGGACGGGCAGCCCAAGGGUUUUGCAGUGCUGGAGUUCGAGUCCCCAGAGGCGGCCGAGCGAGCCCAGCUGGCCACGGACGGGUUCCCCCUGUCUGGGCAGCACAUCCGUGUGUCCUUCUGUGCCCCCGGCCCCUCCGGCCGCAGCAUGCUGGCCGCGCUGAUCGCCGCGCAGGCCACGGCUCUGAACCGUGGCAAGGGGCUCCUCCCCGAGCCCACCCUGCUGCAGAUCCUGGGCAGCCUCGGGAACCCGGCCUCACUGCAGCUGCUGCUCAACCCCCUGCUCCACGGGGCCCUGGGGGCCAAGCAGGCAGGAAUUUUGGGAGCUGCUCCUUCCCUUCCCCUGGUGCCCAACCCGGCGCUCUCCACGGCUCUGCUCCAGCUGGCUCUGCACAGCCAGGCCCAGAAACCGGGAAUUUUGGGCGAUUCCCCGCUGAGCUCCCUGGCCCAGCCCCCUGGGAAGCUCCUGGGGGAGAUUCCCUCAGGUGGUCCCGUGCCCGGGGACCUGGCCCAGCCCCGCGGCAAGUCCCCGGUCCUGGCCCCGUUCCUGGCGCAGGAGAAGGCGGCGCUGGGACCCCCGGGGACCCCCCCGGGGCUGGGACCCCUCCCCAAACCCCUCCCCAAAGCCCAGCAGGGCGAGGGCGGAGCCCCCGCCCCCACGGUCUCUCUGCUGGGGGAGCCCCCCAAAGAUUUGAGGAUCCCCCUCAAUCCCUACCUGAACCUGCAGAGCCUCCUGCCCACGCCCGGCCUGGCAGGAAAAGGGUUUAAGGUGAAACCUGGAGUUUUGGGGACGCCCCCGCCCGACGCCUUCGCCGCCGACUUCCCGGAUUUGGGGUCCCGGAUUUUCCCCCAGCCCCGCGACCACGCCGGCUCCAUCCUGGGGGGCUUCGGGCCCGGCAGGCACAAGGUAAGACCCCAUUUUGGGGGGAAAUCUGGGGGUUUUGGCAGUUUGGGGAGUUUGCAGCUGCCCGUGCUCCCCUUGCAGGUGUCCCCCUCCUCCUCGGGGCUGGACAGGGCGGGUCUGGGACCCCCAGGGCCCCCCUUCUUCUCAGGAUCCCCCAGUUCCUACUUCACCAGCGGCCUCCAGGCCGGGCUCAAGCAGAGCCACCUCAGCAAGGCCGUCGCCGUCCCCCCGAGCUCCGACUCCCUCCUGGCCUUGGCUCCCCCCAGCUCCCACCCCAAGACGCCGCUGGGGGGGCACAAGAGGGGCUUCUCCCACCUGCUGCCGUCGCCCGAGCCCAGCCCCGAGGGCUCCUACGUGGGCCAGCACUCCCAGGGCCUGGGGGGCCACUACGCCGACUCCUACCUGAAGAGAAAAAGGAUAUUUUAGUGGGGGAAAAUCCCAAAACAGCCCCAAAACAAACCCCGAAAAAAUCCCCAAAAAAAUUCCCCAAAAAACCCCCAAAAAUCCCAAAAAUAACCCAAAAAAUCGCAAAAAAACCCACCAAAACAUCCCCAAAAAUAUCCCCAAAAAUCCCAAAAAAGCCCCCAAAAACCUCAAAAACAAAAUCCCCAAAAAUCCCCCAAAAAAUCCCAAAAAAACCACUCCAAAAAACCCCCCAAAAAAACCCCAAAAACAAAUACUCAAAACUCCAUAAAUCCUGCCCAAACCCC